AUGCCUGAUCCCGCCAAGUCUGCACCAGCCCCCAAGAAAGGCUCUAAGAAAGCCGUGACCAAGACUCAGAAGAAGGACGGCAAGAAGCGGAGGAAGACCAGGAAGGAAAGCUAUGCCAUCUACGUGUACAAGGUGCUCAAGCAGGUCCAUCCUGACACCGGCAUCUCCUCCAAGGCCAUGGGCAUCAUGAACUCCUUUGUCAACGAUAUCUUCGAGCGCAUCGCAGGGGAAGCCUCCCGCCUGGCUCACUACAACAAGCGCUCCACCAUCACCUCCCGGGAGAUCCAGACCGCCGUGCGCCUGCUGCUGCCUGGAGAGCUGGCCAAGCACGCCGUGUCCGAGGGCACCAAGGCCGUCACCAAGUACACCAGCGCCAAGUAACCUGCUCCGCCUCCUGCUGUCACCCCAAAGGCUCUUCUAAGAGCCGCCACAUUGUCUAUAAUAGAGCUGGGGCUUCUCCUGUCUGUAUUCCCCGUA